AUGGCUACUACGAAGUCUUCACUGAUGGACAGCUCAUCAAACGACAGUCGCUGCAAUCCAUGCAUAGCAGGCCUGACCAAUGCCGACUAUUAUGUAAAAGUCGUCAAUGAGUCUCGACCAGGCACCUCACCGGUUGCCUUUCAGCCUACUGUUCUGCUCUCGAUUGACGAAAAGUCAACGCACGAGUCCAUCCAGUCAGAUAUAGAGUCCUUCAUCCAGCACGAUGACGUCUUCUCAGACGACUUCUUGACAGACACCGUCAUGAUUCAGGGUCAAAAUGGACAAACGAAGCCAGACCGUAUCAUCAAACUCGAGUUUAACGUUGCUUUAGAGCCUGGCCCAUACUUUCUUUUACCUGAUAGCGUACUUGCCCAAGCAUGGCGUCUGUACCCGGACACGCAGGACGCAUUCGCCACUACCUUCGUUCCUACGCCAGGCGAUCCGUUUCGCUUCCAGCCCCUACAGUCAAUGGUGGGUGAUGGAUUGUGGCGCCAGGUGGCAGUUCCGAGCCGUCUGUACUCGCCUCCAACAGAGCACAAGCCUCUUGCUGGGAAGAGAAUCAGCGUCAAGGAUAAUUUCAAGGUAGCAGGCAUCAAGACCACUCAGAACAACAGGGCUUGGUUGAGCCUCUACGGUCCAGAGCGUGAAACUGCCAGUGUCAUCCAAGACUUAAUCAGUCUUGGGGCUGUCAUUGUCGGGAAGACUAAAAUGUGCGCGUUUGCGUCGUCAGAAGAAGCAACAGACCAGUGGAUUGACUUCCAUGCGCCCUUCAAUCCUCGAGCAGACGGCUAUCAAAGCCCAUCUGGCAGCACCACAGGUGGAGGGGCCAGCCUAGCCACCUAUGACUGCCUCGACUUUUCCAUUGGGACCGACACAACGGGAAGUAUUCGUUGGCCAGCCGCAUGGAAUGGGCUGUUUGGCUUGCGGACUUCUUGGGGAGCAAUCAAGCUGGAAGGCGUGUACCCAGCCUGCAGAAUCAUGGACACCCUGGGGCUGCUAUCGCGCGAUAUCGAUGGCCUGCGAAACUUACUUGCUUCCUCGUCGCCGGCACUACAGCAUAAUGCAGUGCAACCUCCCAAGCGUAUCUUAUACUGCACCGACUUCUUCCCCCACUCAAACGCAGACCAGCAAGUUCUUAUCGAUGACUUCGUUAAACUUCUAGAAGCACAUCUUGGGGUAGAAAGGACGAAUAUCAGCCUUGCAGAAAGAUGGGCGCAGUGCCCCCCACCUGAGAGUAAAGGAAAGGACCUGAAAACAUACAUUGAAAAGACGGCAUACUAUCCCUUCUAUUACGAUGGCUACAACGAGUUCUCGCAAUUUCGCGAGGACUACGAGAAGCAGUUCGGAAAACCCGUCUAUUUGGGACCUUACAUGCGCUGGAAAUGGGACCAGGGCGUCGCCGUCACUCUUGAUCAGAAAAACCAGGCGGUUGGUGAGCUAGAAGUGUAUCGCAGGUGGUUCCGAGAGAACAUAAUGCAGCAAGUGGAAGGCGGGGGGUCAGACGCCGUUCUCAUUCUACCUUGCGGGAGCGGCGAGCCAAAGUAUCGCGACCUCCCAAACGCGGCGCCAGGUGUUGUUCCAGGAUUUAGUCCAAAUUACAUUGCAUCCAUGCAGGCCCUACCACAACUGGUCAUUCCCGUUGGGCAAAUUCCAUUCAAGUCAAGGAUCAGUGACAGGACAGAAUAUCUGCCCAUCGUGGCUUCGAUGGCUGGAGCUCCUGGGAGCGACAUAAUGCUCAUCGACCUUGCAAAGUCGGUGCUCAAGGGUGCCCAAAAGCCAGCCGAGGUCCAGACUGGCCGCUUCAUGUUCGAGCUGUAG